AUGGAUUUUUCAGUGAGGUGCAUAGUAAUUGCGCUUGGAAUUUUGACGGUUUCUGUGGAGGGAUUUUAUGGAGGUAAGUUACUAGCCCUAACACACCUAAAGAUUCAUUGAUAAACUAAUCUCGAACGAUUCCUGAAACUCUCGGAUAACCUCGAUCGAACCUCACAAUAGCUCAAACUCUGGCUGAGUCUCCUAUUUAAUUUAUACUUUGAAACUCUCCCCUCCCAAUAAUUCGAACCAAUUCAAGUCCAUUUUCCUGGGUGCUCGAGUAAAACUGCUGAACUUCAUUUUGCUUUUUCCAUUCCUACCAGCUUCCGACGAUUUUAGGAUUGUUGAGCCAUUUCCUGCUAACAUCUAUCCUGUUGAGUUCACUUCUGCCCAGGUUACCUGUGUAGCCUUUGAUUCAGCUGGAAUAAAAACUCCUGAAAGGAUACAGUUCAUGAGGAAGGACAACUUUGCGCGUUAUAUAAAUAUAACUGCUAAUGACAACAUAUAUUUCACACACCGAACCGAGGAAGUGGACAAGGGUAAGCCGAAGUCUUAUAAAAAUAAAACCUAAAAGUGUUUCUUUAUAGUAUUGGAGCUAAAGAUCCUAUUUUAUAUUUGAUAUUACGCUGCUAUUACACGAUGAGAAAGCGCGCUUUACAUCAGUGAUCUGAAUUAGCCUUCGUUCUAACGUCACCGUCUUCUGCGAACCAAAGAGCGGCACGUUGUCUGAGCAAUCAUUAGGUUUUACCCAGCAUUCCUUGCCCAUGAGGGCAACACAUAUCAUUGGCUAUUUCCGCGUUCCAUAAACUCUCACGUCCAAAACGAGGCUAAGAAACAAACCUUGUGAAAAAAAAUAAAAUGAGUUUUAUUUGCAUGAGAAUGAAAAAUCAUUUUCAUAUCAAUGGCUUUGCACUUCGUCUCGCUUAACAGAGGCUUCGAGCAACUCAGAAAUGGCGUAUUGCUAUUACACUGUUAGAAAUCUGUCAAGUUUCUUGUAUACCUUAUUCUGAAAAAGGACAAUGACAAACAUGCAAGGAAGCUAUCUAUUGGACGGUGUGAAAUUAAUUAUGUAACCUGCUAACUUUCCUAACAUUUCUACAGUGUCUUCUACAGAUGGAAAGAAGUUAAAGAAGCUCUUUGUCACGAUGCACAUACGGAAUGUAACGCUAGAACACGAUAGUACGUUUGGUCCAUUGGGAAGGUUCGAAUGUCACGCUUUUGCGGUUGGAUCAGCCUUGGAGCGCAGGCAUGGUUUCAGUGUGAACGUCAUAGGAAGUAAGUUUAACUGGCUUAAAUCUGUAAAAAUUCGAGUAACGCAAAACCUCGCGAAACAAAAGAAAUAAGGGGAAAAAAGCCAAGAAAAAUCAAAUAUGAAAAAACAAAACUGCUCAGCUGUGAAUCAGUGUCGAACACUGCACCAAUUCAGCAGACACACAAAAUGAAAGGAAAAAUAUUUUAAAAGGAAAGCAUUUUCCGUAGACAUGCUGCCGGUAAACACCGUUUUAAAGCUAGUCGAGCCGUUCUAGAUAUAAAUUCAUAGAUAUAUUUGAGGAAAAUAAGCAGGUUUUUCACCUUUGGGGCAUUUCUCAUUGUAUUUUACUUACUUACUUACUUACUUAUGUUUCAUUUUAGGAAGCGAAAUUCCUGUUGUAUCUGUGACUAAAGUCAACAUGCUGCAACACGGUGACAGUAUCACCAUCUUUUGCAACAUCACUGAGGCCUCGGAGUGGUCUAGGCUGAAAAAGAUUUCAUGGUUAAAAAAUGGUGUUGUACAGCAUAGUUUGAGAAACCCGAACCCAGACAAACCUGUAGACACACUGGCGCCACUAGUUAUAAAAAAUGCCGCGGCCAGAGAUGGAGGAAAUUACAGUUGUGAGCUUGAGCUUCGGCUUCGCAAUAUUAAACCAUACAAUGUAUCAGACAGUACUAUGAUCACAAGUGAGUAUACAAUGAGUCUUAGGCAGUUUUCACUAUAACACUAUUUUGCCAUAGUUGAAAUGGUACGAUUGCAGAUGAAAUUCUUGUUUUCUUUGUUGAGACAGAGUGCGUUAUAUAUUUCACGCAUGAACUAACCUGCAAAAGAUCUGACCAAUCUGAGAUGUGAUUGGCUGUACGUCUGCAAUACCAACAAGGCUUAUAAAGUACAACAACAGUAACAACAACAACAUUAACAAUAAAACCACGGAUUAGAAUUUGAAAUGUAGCCAAUAAAUCUUUGAAUUGGUCCUAAACAUUAUCAAGUACAAUUAUUAUUUGCUUUGUAAACAAUACUCUAAAGAAAGAUGGGGAUCAGGUGGCAACGUUAAGAAAUGUUUUCCCGAUGGUUGACAAAACGGUUUAAAUUUUCAUUUGUAAGUUCUAAGUGUUCAUGGUCUUACAUGAUAUUCUUACCUUUAUUUCAGUUGCUCCAUGGUUUGAUAGACCACAAGAGGAUAGUGAAUUGAACAAAUUCAAGGAAGAAAGUGUUUCUUUUCAGUGUCCUGCCAAAGGUUUCCCAUUAAACGUUGAAUGGAAGUUUCAGAAGAGUGGUGAAGACAAUAUACGCUCUUGCAUAAGUAAGUGUUGGGCCAGCUGUUUAUAUCAUCGCUAAAACGUCUUUUGGACUCUCCACCGGCUUACAAGAUAGUGUUGUUUGUCAUUAUCUGGGCAAGUAUACAAGAGCAAGGAUAGGAUGUGAUGAUUUGUAAUGUCAGCUAGUAUCGAGGCUGGCGUAAUGAAAAUUUGUACUGUAUUCCCCCUGGUGUACUUGAUGAAGGCGUUAGCUUUGUCCAGGAAGGGUUUAUUCGUUUAAAUAAGUUUUUAGACAGUCUUGAAAGCAAAUGUAAACCUCGUUUAAAAAUUCUCGGCAGGUGGCUCAGAUGCAAAAUACCGCAUACAUCGCGAUGGGAUUUACGCGCCAUAUGUAUUGACAGUGAACGACUUGCAGUAUUCUGACAGUGGAUCUUACUAUUGCUGCCUCCCCUCUAACUGCUCCAAUGAUGUCAAAAACAACUGCCAGCGAUUUGUUCUUGGAGUAAGAGGUAAAAAGUAG